GUUCUGGAGAUAUUUUGAUUAAAAAUUUUGUAUUUAGUUGUGAUGCCAGUAUCUGCAAACAACCCGAUUCGAGCUAAGUCUUUGAUAACCAGAAAAAUAGAGAAAUCUCAACAACCAAGUCAUUUAUUACAAUCAAGGAUGCCUAAUAUUAAAGUAUUCUCAGGUACAUCGCAUCCUGAUUUAGCUCAAAGGAUCGUUGACCGUUUGGGUAUUGAUUUAGGCAAAGUUGUUACUAAAAAAUUUAGCAAUUUGGAAACAUGUGUUGAAAUAGGUGAAUCAGUUCGUGGCGAAGAUGUUUACAUAGUACAAUCCGGAUCUGGUGAAAUUAAUGAUAAUUUAAUGGAAUUAUUGAUUAUGAUAAAUGCUUGUAAAAUUGCAUCAGCAUCCAGAGUAACAGCAGUUAUUCCAUGUUUUCCUUAUGCACGUCAAGAUAAAAAAGACAAGAUUGGUGCAGAGGAGGAAUCGAAACUUAAGAAGUCACUGCAAAACUUUGAUCGGAAAUUCAGGAGUCGUGCUCCAAUUUCAGCAAAAUUAGUUGCAAAUAUGCUUUCAGUUGCUGGAGCAGAUCAUAUUAUCACAAUGGAUCUUCAUGCCUCGCAAAUUCAAGGAUUUUUUGAUAUACCAGUAGAUAAUUUAUAUGCAGAACCAGCUGUAUUAAAAUGGAUUAAAGAAAAUAUACCAGAAUGGAGAAAUUCUAUAAUUGUAUCACCAGAUGCUGGUGGAGCAAAACGUGUUACUUCGAUAGCGGAUCGUUUAAAUGUUGAAUUUGCUUUGAUACAUAAAGAAAGAAAAAAAGCAAAUGAAGUUGCAUCAAUGGUAUUAGUUGGUGAUGUUAAAGAUAGAAUUGCAAUUUUAGUUGAUGAUAUGGCUGAUACUUGUGGUACAAUUGUUCAUGCAGCUGAUAAACUUGUAGAAGCAGGUGCUACGAAAGUAUAUGCUAUACUUACUCAUGGAAUAUUUUCUGGACCUGCCAUUUCAAGAAUAAAUAAUGCUUGUUUUGAAGCCGUGGUUGUAACUAAUACUAUUCCUCAAGAUGGUCAUAUGAGAGAUUGUCCUAAAAUACAAUGUAUUGAUGUAUCAAUGAUGUUCGCAGAGGCUGUCCGAAGAACACAUAAUGGGGAGAGUGUUUCUUAUUUAUUUUCAAAUGUUCCAUAUUAAUUCAUACAAUUUUUUUACACGUAAGAAUCUUUUAUACAAGGAAAAGAGAGAACAAAAAAGUUGAAAAUUUUAAAGGAUAAGAAUUUUUUUUUUUUUUGAUUUUUAAUUGUUGAUGUACUAAGAAAAUUUCAUUUUUAUUAUACAUAAUUAAUUAAUCAAUCAAAUUUAUUUCAUUGUAAAUGAAAAGCAAAUCAAUUGUUUAUACAUACACGCAAAUUUUUAUGUAGACAUAUUAAUUUUAAAAAAUUAUUAUAAUAUACAAAAAGGAAACUUUUUUAACCAAAUUUUUUUAAAGCAGAAAUUGUUUUUUUAAUACUAAAUCGAAAAAAAAACUGAUUAGAAAAAAAUGGGUGAUUACAAAAUAGAAAAAUAAAAAACCACAUACAAGGUACAUAAAUGUGUACAUAUUGUGUCGUAGAAUUGAAACAACUAAAUUUAAAAAAAGGAGUUUAAUAUUAUACAAUAAAGACUUAAAAAAAAACUAA